AUGGUUGCAAGCGGCAUAUUCCUACCCAUUAAACCUCCACAGGCAGGGAAAGUGCACCCAUGUAACAUCAAUGAAAACGACCCUCGGCUUCAAAACUUGCCACCCGACGGUACUCCUAACGUCAUGAGCAUCGGCAAAUACGCUCUAUCCCUAAUUGCCAUGCUGAUUUCCUUUAUCACCAUUUGCGGGAUUAUCUCCACCUUUGCGUGGUUCACCUUCAAAUCAAAAGAUCCUACUCUUCGUGUCGACUCGCUAUCUUUAUCUACAUUCGACACCUCCAACUCCACGUUGACAGCCAUUUACGAGGUCGGCCUCACCUUUCAUAACCCGAACGAUGUCUUGAAACUUGAUUUCGAGGAAAUGGAGGUCUUUGUCUUCUACAAAAGACACUAUGCUUUCGCGGGCUCAACGAUGGAGCCUUUCAGCAUGGACGUGAAGGAAACGAAGUCCCUGAAUGCAACGCUUGGGAAGAUCGGAGCGCACUGGAUAUGGGAGGACUCGGUGGUUGAAGAGAUUAGAGGGGAUAGAAAGAAAGGGACGGUGGGGUUCGAUUUCCUAAUAAGAGAAACGGUAAUAUUCAAGGGUCCAUGGUGGUUGUGGUGGAAAGGGAAGGAAACAGUGGCGCACUAUUGUUCGAAUUUGGAGGUCCUGUUCGUGAAUGCCACAGACGUCGGAAGGUUGAGAAAAGGUGUGAACGGUGCUCCCGCAAGGUGCCACGAAGUUGGGUAG